AGAAACGCCUCUUGUGUUGCUCGUGUGACGGUUCCUGCCGCGGCGCGCGGGCCAAUGAGCUGCGGGGCCGCGGUGUCUGGUUACUCCCAGCGCGAGCCUCUGCGCCGCUCUGCGCGCACAGCCAAGGAGGACAGCGGGGAGGAAGGAUACAGCGGGGAGGAGGAAGAGAGGAAGAGGCGCUGAGAGACGGAAGGGGGGGGCGACGGGAGCUUCUCGGUACCGAUGGUUACCGCGCUGUCCGGCGAGCCGCGCAGACGACCCUCAGAUGACGUAGAGUCGCUCGACUGCGGCACACUAAACUUUGAGGAUAUAAAAAAAGCAAGGCAGCUAGAGUGCAGCCGGACAUCGAACCCCUAGCCUUAAUUCGAGAGCUUUUCAAGACAAUGCAUGUGUCUCUGGCGGAAGCUCUGGAGGUGCGUGGGGGGCCUCUGCAGGAGGAGGAACUUUGGGCGGUUCUGAACCAGAGUGCAGAAAGUCUUCAGGAGCUCCUCCGCCGAGAUGGCUCAGGCCUUGGCUUUAUCAUCUCACCGUGGUCCCUUCUACUGAUGCCUUCCGGAAACAUCUCCUUCACAGAUGAGAAUGUGACUCAGCAAGAUCUGAGGGCAUUCACAGCCCCAGAGGUCAUGGAGGGCUUGACACUGGCCUCGCUCUCCGAUAUUGAAAAGCUCUGUCUCCAUACCCAAAUGCACAUGUACUCACUUGGGAUGACCUUGUUUUGGGGAGCAGAUUAUCAGGUUCCACAAAGCCAGCCCAUUAAGAUGGGGGAGCACCUGAAUGGCCUCCUCUGCAAGAUGUGUGACAAGGGAACCCACGCACGCAUGUCAGUGCGCACUGUCUUGGACGCCUGCAGCACUCACAUCCGCAACUCUAGUUGUGAGCCGUCCUUCUCCUACAUUAGAAAGCUGGUCAGACUGGUGCUGGGCAGCCUAUCACAGUUGGACGGGCUGUUGUCAAAAACUGAUAAGGAUUCCCUACCGGAACGCAGUAAAGAGAUUCGCGAGCGGCUGCGAGGCAAGGGCUUACCCACAGGGCGAAGCGCAGCCCCCCGUGUCUUGGAACGGUACCGAGCUCGGACCCAGGAGCAAGCUCCCCUGAACCGCGGUCUCAGCCGCUCCAUGGGUUCCUUGUCCAUCAGUGACAUCUUGCGUGGGGAAGAUAUCACGCUUCCAAAUCCACCUUCAGAGUAUAAUCCAGGAUCUGAGGGGUCAGCAGAACUCUUCCAACAGAAGCGUGGACGCACGCUUGAGUCUGAUAGGAAGCCCCCAGUGCACCAUGGGGUUUCAGGGCGAACCAGAAAGAACUGGGCUUCUUCUGUGGACCUUGCCUGCUUAGACCUGGAUUCAAUGCGCAUUGGGGUGCUGGAGGAGGCCCGUAGAGGUAACAGCACCUUCAGCCAAAAGUCAGUGGGUAAGCAGAAGUUUUCUGCCAAGCCCAGAGAUGCAAGGUAUUCUGACUUUGGGGGUCUGGAAUCCCGGAAGGUCCACCAUCUCUCUGCUCUGUCUAUGAGCUCAGCACUCAGCAGCGCAUAUGACAAGAUUAAAGAGAGGCAGUGGAAGCUUCAUGUUCUCAGGCAGGCCAUGGAUGCAGAAGACCCUCUUCGCACACACACAAGGUACUACAGUGAUUACAGCUCAUCCAGUGAAAGCCCAUCUGUGUCUUCCUCUGAUCCUGACUACAGACAAGCAAAGAAAGCAGAUGAUGUGAGACUGUACAGUUCGCAAGCAGGCCUAUCGGAUCAUGGCCUGCCUGUCUCAAGUCACGCCGUUCAGAGGCACAGGCUUCAAGAGGGGGUUACGGAGGAAGGGCUACGGAGUGCAGAGCGCAUGCUACAGCGGCAGCAGGAGGAGAUGCAGCGGUUGCAGGCCCAGCUAGCCCUCCGACGUUCACGCACUAGCCUCUAUCCUGCAGAGGAGCCCAUCAUUUCCCUCAUGGACCAACGGGAGUCACUGCGGAGCGGCCCGCUGGACAGCUUGCUCCCUCACAGGAAAGCCAAGAAUUACUUUGGUCCUGAAUUUGUAAAGAUGUCCACUGAGCCAUGUGUGACCUUGACAGUUCCUUCUUCAAUCAUGAAUAAGAAAGCGAAGACUGAGGAGGUGAGAAGGAAGGUGAGCGUGGUGCUGCUGAAUGGCCAGCGGCUGGAACUGAGCUGUGAUGUCAAGGCAAUGUGCAAAGACCUACUUGAUAUGGUGGUGGCACAUGUGGGGCUUGUGGAGCACCACCUCUUCGGGCUUGCUUGCCUCAAAGAUGAUGAGUUCUUUUUUAUUGAUCCUGAUGCUAAACUCUGCAAAGUGGCACCCGAGGGUUGGAAAGAAGAACCGAAAAAAAAGAAACCAGACAUUAACUUCAACCUGUUCUUUCGCAUCAAGUUCUUUUUGGAUGACGUUCACCUCAUACAGCAUGCAAUGACCAAACACCAGUACUACUUGCAGCUGCGCAGGGAUAUCUUAGAAGAGAGAAUGCGAUGUGACACGGAGAACGCUAUGCUGCUAGCAUCCCUGGCCCUGCAGGCAGAGUUUGGUGAUUACCAUCCAGAGCUGCAUGGUAAAACAUACUUUAGACUGGAGCAUUACCUACCAGCGACUGUGCUAGACAGGAUGGACCAAACGUCCCUGAAGGAAGACCUACCGAAACUGCAUAGUACAUAUUUUGGAGCUUCUGAGGAAGAUGCAGAAUUUGAGUUCCUAAAGGUGAGCCAAAGACUGAUUGAGUAUGGGGUCCAUUUCCACCGGGUGCUGCCCGAGAAAAAGUCUCAGACGGGCAUCAUGCUGGGUGUCCAUUCUAAGGGUGUGCUCAUCUUUGAGGUGCUCAAUGGCACUCGCACCCCAGUCCUCAGGUUCCCCUGGAGAGAGACCAAAAAGAUAUCCUUCACGAAGAAGAAGAUUAGUCUACAGAAUACAUCAGAUGGAAUUAAACACCUCUUCCAGACAGACAGCAACAAGACCUGCCAGUACCUGCUUCAAUUGUGCACUGCGCAGCACAAGUUCCACCUGCAGAUGAAGGCCAGGCAGAACAACCAGGAGCUCCAGGACAUUGAGAACUCCCCCCUAAGCAGCCUGCAGUAUCCAGGAGGGCCUGUCAUCAUAGGCGGGAUUGAGCGCGCAAUCAGCUCUGCGAGCCUGGCUGCAAGUUCUGGCGGCUGCUCAGAGCCUGACCACAUGAAGAGGAUUUCCUACUCAGAGGCAGCCCUCAAUAAGGACCCAGCAGGUCGGACCUUGCUCACCGGAGAGUCCCUGCACACAGGUUUUGGGUCUAGCCCAAACCCCAGGCUGAUGAGCCGCUCCCACCAUAAUUUGGGCCAGUUGCCUGAAUCUUCAGAGGGCCACAUGGUUCCAUACGGCAACCAAUUGCAGAACAGCAUGAAUCGAAUUCAGCCGCCAGCUUCGCACCAGCGUGCCAGCUCUGACACAGACUCCAUCACUGUGGCCCGCAAGCGGGAGAGCAUGUUCAGUUCCAAGACUCACAGCAGCCCCAGCUCGAGUCCUGGAAGGUUCAAGAAAGAGUCAGACUCCUCCUCGUUUGAAGACACUGGGCAUGCUUAUGUCGUAGGGGUAAGCAUGCACAGUCCUGGUUGCUCCUCCUCUCCAGGUUGCUUAACAGUCAAUGAUUCUCUGAAAAAGAGAGUAAAUGCUCUGCCUUCUCCAGAGAGAGCUAUUACAACUCUUCAUCUGAAGAAAGAUGUCAAGUAUGGGCUGGGCUUUCAGAUUGUUGGAGGAGAGAAUUCAGGGAGGACAGAUCUUGGGACUUUUGUCAGCUCUAUCACACCUGGUGGGCCUGCAGACAUCAACGGUGCCCUGAAGCCUGGGGACCGUCUGGUCUCUGUGAAUGGUAUAAACCUAGAGGGGAUUCCGCAUGAUGCCGCUGUUGAGAUCUUGCAGAGCACUCCAGAUGACAUCACUCUGAUUGUUUCUCAGCCUAAAGAAAGACUGUACGAAGGGUCUCUCUCUGGCUCAGCUCAGCACAGGAGUACUGGCUUCAGCCCCUCUACUGGGCAGAGGCAGGAGGAAGACUUUGACUCCUCCUCUUCUGAGGAGCAUGUAGGAACACCUGACCCACCUUCUCCUAUCCGCACCACCUCGCCUAUACAAUGUCAGACCAGCCUGAGCUUCCAGGACUCUCAUGCCCGGAGCAUCAGCCCACCCCAGGCCUAUCUCAAUGGUUUCCAUCGGCCCCCACCAGUUGAACCCUUCUCCACCACAGCGUCUCUCCAUACUGACCAGAACAUGCCCUCUGAUGUCACUCCCCCAGCCUUGCCUCCCAAAAUGAGGAAAGCCAGAACCCCAGAGCUUCCAAAAGACCAUGAUUCCUCAGACAGGGGGGAUUCUGACAUGGAUGAAGACACAUGCUCUAGUAGUCAGGAGAAGCAAAAGCCCAGAGUGGUAAAACCACCCAGUCAGGAGUUAUCUCCCAACUACAACAUGGGAAAAUUAAGUGAUAAUGACCCAGGGGUCAAUAGUCUCCUACCAGGAGAUCUAUUUGACGUACAGUUGUCCAAAAAGGACAACAGCCUGGGAAUAAGUGUCACGGUACUGUUUGGCAAGGGCGGAGUCAACACCACUGUGAGACAUGGGGGAAUUUACGUCAAGGCUGUCAUUCCUAAAGGAGCAGCAGAGCUAGAUGGAAGGAUCCAGAAGGGUGACCGUGUAUUGGCUGUCAAUGGAAAGAGUCUGGAAGGUGCAACGCAUAAGCAAGCAGUGGAGGCUCUAAGAGACACUGGACAGGUUGUCCACCUCCUCCUUGAGAAGGGUCAGCUCCCUGCUGCUAGUGUCCAUGCUCCUCUAACGCCGCAGUCCACCCCUCCCUCUGUUCCCAAUCAGAGGGAUAGUGAAGAGCCAGAGCAGCAAAGUGGCAAAGAGUACAGCUUUGUUACCAACGAUAAUGUGUUUGAGGUUGGCCUGCUGAAAAACUCCUCAGGCUUGGGAUUCAGCUUUAGCCGUGAGGAGAACCUUGCUGCUGAGCCUCCUGGGGCUAGCAUGGUCAGGGUCAAGAAACUGUUUCCUGGUCAACCAGCUGCAGAGAGUGGCUUGAUCAAAGUGGGCGAUGUCAUCCUGAAAGUCAACCAAACGUCACUAAAAGGACUAUCUCAGCAUGAGGUGAUAUCAGCACUGCGGGGAACAGGUCAGGAGGUCACACUGCUCCUUUGCAGACCAGAACAAGGGGUUUUACCUGAGCUGGACAGAUCCUUGACUCCAAUAACACCCCAGAGGGAACCUGUGGUUAAGUCACACCCACACAGCUCUGCCAGGGCCUCAGGGCAUCAGAGUGGCAAUCCACCUGCAGGGAGCGAGCGACAGUGGCAUGCUGGGCCCGUGGAGGAGGCCUUGGAACGGCUGAUGCUGAAGAACCCCAGCAGGCGUGACAGCUACAGUGACAGUACUGACAAUGAAGAAGUAGAGAAGGCCUUCAGUCCACCAGGGCUUGACCUUAGUAACCAGUCCUGGGACCCAAGUCUCUACCAAACCCCGAACAAGAACUUGUGUCUGGGACUUAGCCAGUAUGAGACUCCCUCUGAGCUGGAUAGCACCAUUCGGUCUGCGUACUACUCCCCCAGCCAGUCUCCUUUAUCUGACUUUAAUAGACGAGCCCCUUCCUCCUCACCAAUGAUCACAGAACCAGAGAACCCCUCACAGCCCAUUGUCUCCUCUGAAACUCCUCCACUGAGCCACUCUCUUGGCUGUAUCUCUGGACCUCCGCAGCCCUUGGCCACUUCACACUCCCUGCCUGAUGGUCUAGAACUGGAGGACUUUGCUCCAGAAGUAGAAUUGAAAGUGUCACUGGUCAAAUCAGAGAAGGGUAGCCUGGGAUUUACCUUGACCAAAGGGAAUGACAUGAGCUGCUACAUUCAUGACAUCAUUCAGGACCCUGCAAAGAGUGAUGGCAGACUGCAGCCGGGUGACCGCUUAAUAAUGGUGAAUGACACAGAUGUGUCCAACAUGGGCCACACUGAGGUGGUGAACUUGGUCCGUGCUGCACCCAGGGUGGUCAAUCUGGUAGUGGGACGAGUGCUGGAGGUUCCAAGACCUCUGAUAGAUGCCCACGCCCUGCCAGACAUUACCUUUCAGUGCCAAGGAGAGGAGCUAGGACUGGUUUUGGAUGGGGGCAGUGACAGCAUAUUUGGGGUGCUCUAUGUGAAGGACAUCUUACCUGGAUCAUUGGCCUCAGCAGAAGGCAGCCUGCGACCCCUAGACCUGGUACACUACAUCAAUGGUACAGCAACCCGGGACCUGAUGCUGAGUGAAAGCUGCAGACUGCUGGAGCUCUCCCAAAGAGAUCUGACACUCAAGGCUACCAGGGAUGGGAAACCAGUAGCUCCAGUACAGAAGAACAUGUUAUUUCCUAGCAACAUCACCCCCAAAAUGAAUGCACCCAGCAACAUCAAUGGUUAUCUCUAUGGGAGUGAGGGCAGAGCUUCAGAUGGCAUCCCUGGGAUGUGUCCCUCUGAGGAACAGCUUAUUCAGAUGGAACUGCAGAAGCCUGAAUCAGGAGGCCUGGGCUUCUCUGUUAUAGGAGGGGAGAAGGGUAUUUUUGUUAAGUCCAUUACCCCAGGAGGCAUUGCUGACCUGGCAGGAACGUUGCAAGUCGGAGACAGACUGCUGAAGGUGAAUGAAGAGUUGAUGAUUGGAGUCUCACACACCAAAGCUGUUGCCACCAUCCGAAAAGCGCGAGGCCUGAUUUCCCUUACAGUAUCCCGCCCCCUUGACCAAACACCUAAUACCUACCUGGAGUUUUUACCUAUUGACAAUAUUAAUGGCAACCCAGCAGAAGAAACAAAAUCCAGUAAAGAAAAACAACCAUCUAUACCACCCAUAGAUUAUGAUGCAAGGGCCAUAAAUAGACAGAAGACAGAUGAGGAGGAUGCUGAGCUUUCUGCAGACACAGACUAUGAUGGUUCCUCUCUACCUGAGGACUCUCCAGAGACCUCACGAAAGACAGGCUGGAAGGAGGAGAGUGUAGAUGGGCCCCACACAGAAAGAAACUUUGAAGUAUGCAACACUUCUUUACAUAGACAUAGCCAUUUAGAGGCAUCUGUGGACGCCCAGGAUGAGGAUGAGAUCACGUGGGGCAGUGAUGAUCUACCCAUAGAGAACAUCAACUCCAAAUUUGCUGAAGAUGGACCAAUCAUUACAGAGGACGAACUCACCUCACUUCCCUUAGUAAAAGUGGUUCCCGAUGGCCAGUACACAGGCGCCAAACUCAACAGCGUAGUACGCAUGCUCCGAGGUUUGCUGGAGCAGAAGGUUCCCCUACAAGAAUUUGAGAACCUUCAGAAUUUGCAGCCACUGGAUGACUGCUUGAUUGGACAGUCUAAGGAGAACAAGAAGAAGAACCGGUACAAGAACAUUGUGCCCUUUGACACUACCAGAGUACUACUGGGAAAAGAUGGGGGUUAUAUCAAUGCCAACUUCAUCAACAUGCCAGUGAAAGACGAAUCCUUCAUGUACAUCGCCUGCCAAGGACCACUGCCCACAACGCUUGCUGACUUCUGGCAAAUGGUGUGGGAGCAGAAGUCAAACGUAAUUGCCAUGAUGACGCAGGAAGUGGAGGGAGGAAAAAUUAAAUGUCAACGAUACUGGCCUGACACUCCCAGGACUGCAGAAAUGGUGGACAACCGCCUUCAGAUCACUCUCAUCAAGGAUCAGCACCUAGACAACUUUGUCAUUCGCCUUAUUGAGGUGAAAGACAUCCAGACCAAAGAGUUUCAGCAUGUUACUCACCUAAACUACACGGGUUGGCCUGAUCACGGAACACCCACACAACCGGAGCAGCUCCUUACUUUCAUCUCCUACAUGAGGCAUGUCCAUCAGUCGGGCCCCAUAAUCACUCACUGCAGUGCGGGAAUCGGCCGCUCUGGAACCCUGAUAUGCAUAGAUGUGGUCCUGGGCCUUAUAAGCAAAGAUGCAGACUUUGAUAUUUCCGACAUUGUCCGUACAAUGAGGCUGCAGAGACAUGGAAUGGUACAAACUGAGGAGCAGUACAUCUUCUGCUAUCAAGUGAUCUUGUAUGUGCUCCGCUGCCUCCAAGCUGAGGAGAAAAUCUCAGGAUAGCGACAAACAAAUCGCAAAUAUCCAAGGGCACUCCCAUUUGGAGGGUGGUACGUUGGUGUUUGAGGUGCAAAACUUUUUUUUUUUUUUUUU